AUGGACCGCAACCACAACCGCCAUCGGCGAGCCGCCAGCCAGACCAUGAGCGCAGAGCCCGAGCCUCUCACGCCAGCCCCCGAGGACUCGUCCGACAAUGACAGCCAUGACUCCGAGUCUCUUCGGGAAAAGCCUACCCCGAAGCCACAGGCGGGCCCGGUCUCGUGGAUGUCCCUGCCGCGCAAGGACCAGCUCCUCAUCCUCUUCCUCGCCCGCGUCGUCGACUUCCUCCAGGUCGCCUCGCUCCAGGCCUUUGUCUUCUACCAGCUCAAGAGUCUCAACCCGAAGCUCUCCGACGCCGAAGUCUCGAGUCAGGCUGGAUGGCUGCAAGGCGCCUUCACGGGCGCCCAGGUGCUCACAGCCAUGUGGUGGGGAAAGGCUGCCGAUGCCACCUGGUGUGGCCGUAAGAUGGUCUUGAUCAUCGGUACAUUCGGCACGGCCAUCUCCUGCUUGGGAUAUGCCUUCUCGUCGACCUUUGCCUGGUGUAUGUUCUGGCGCAUGUUUGGCGGGUCGAUCAACGGGACAGUUGGCAUCAUUCGCACCAUGGUCGCCGAGGUAACUGUCGAGCGUAAAUACCAGUCUCGUGCCUUUUUGAUUCUGCCCAUCAGCUUCAAUGUCGCCGCUUUCAUCGGCCCAGUCAUGGGAGGCAUGUUGGCAGAUCCUGCAGCGAAUCUGCCGGGCAUCUUUGGCGAGAAUGCGAUCAUGGGCUACGAAUGGGUCCGCCGCUUCCCAUAUGCGAUACCGAGUCUGAUCAACGCUUUGUUCCUUACCCUUGCCGGCUGGGCAGUCGUCUUUGGACUGGAAGAGACGCUGCCAACCAAGAGAGGCCAAUCUGACUUUGGCCUCCUUUUGGCAUCCCGGAUCAAGCAGAAGGUUUUUGGAAAGUCUUCCUACGAUGAAUACAUGCGGCUGAAUGGCAGUGGCCCCAACCCCGUGGACGCGCACCACGAAGACAAGCCGGCGAGUAGUCAGCCGGUCAAGCGAAGCUUCGGCAGGCUUCCUUUUGACCGCAUCUGGACAAAGAAUGUCGUCUUCACCCUCAUCACGGGGGCAUUCUACGACUUCCAUCUUGGAGCCUUUCAGAACAUCUGGUCAUUGUUCUUGUCGACGCCUCGCGCGCUUCCGGAGCAGGUCGCCAACCGUUCGCUCCCAUUUAUCUUCAGCGGUGGACUUGGCUUUCCGGCAUCAAGUGUCGGUUUCGCCACCUCCAUUAUCGGCUUCUUCGGCAUGUUCCUCCAGUUGUUUGUGUAUCCCAAGAUCCAUGCCCGUCUUGGCACCUUGCGCGGUUUCCAGCUGUUCCUUGCCUUGUUCCCGAUCGCCUAUUUCCUGGCUCCAUAUUUAGCAGUCAUGCCCUCCAACAGCGAGGCCCCUGCGCCAGUAUCCGGACCGAUAGUCUGGAUCUUCAUCUGCCUGGUUCUUGGCUUCCACGUGUUUGCCCGCACAGUCACUCUCCCGGCCAGCAUCAUCUUGGUCAACAACUGCAGUCCGCAUCCUAGCGUCCUCGGUACGAUUCACGGCUUAGGCCAGAGCGUCUCAGCAGGUUUCCGGACUGUUGGUCCGAUCGUUGGUGGAGCUUGGUACGGCGGGAGCUUGGAGAUGGGCAUGGUUGGCGCGAGUUGGUGGGGCGUGGCGGUCAUGUCGCUCAUCGGCUGUGCUGCUGCGACACUCAUUUACGAGGGAAGCGGCCACGAGAUCUUCCUCGAAGGGGAGGAGGAGGAUAUGAUGGCUACUCCGCUGCAGUCCAUGCGGUCGAGGAGAGAAAGACAGAGAGAAAGACAGAGAGAAAGACAGAGAGAUGCUUGCUCAUAUGUGUGA